GCGGCUCCGCGGUUGGUGUAGUAGGUUAAUUCAACGCUACUUUCAGGUUAAAUUUUCCACUUCUGCAGCUCCAACAAACAUCUGUUGCUGCGAAAAUGAGCGACUGGGAAGAAGACGCAGAUGAUUCCAGGAGCACUUCUCAGAAUGUGUAUAUUCCACCCAACAGGAGAGGAUGGUACAAUUCCUUUGACAAGAAUGUACAGGAAAAUCUUUCUGAUGGUAGGCGACCGGGCUUUGGACGAGGAAGAGCGAACCGAUUUGGAAAUGCAAGAGAGGAGUACUCAAGCGCAGGAAAGAGGAAUGGUUAUUCCGAGGGUGGGAGGUCUGGAGGCUUCAGUCGAGGAGAAAGCGGAUUUGGUCGCAAACAAAUCGCACGUGGCGGUCGCUCGUGGAGAGGCAGCAGUGAAGAUGACAGCUGGAAAAACAGGGAUCAUUCACGAGGAUAUGAACGUGAAAGAAAUAGUACUGAAAUUAUGGUGCCCUCAGAUGAUGUGCGCUAUAUUAUUGGCAAAGGUGGCCAAAAGAUAAAAGAAAUCCAGAGUGAAAGUGGAGCAUACAUUAAGGUGAAAAAGGAUGAUGCUACUUAUUCAGAGACUCCAGUAGAAAUUUCUGGCAGUGAGGACCAAAUAAAAAAAGCUAAAGAAAUGAUAGAACAGAUCGUCGGUCCAGAUACAUCACCAACAAACAACAUAGCAGGUCUAUCAAUUCAAAAUGGUACUCCAGAUGAAAGUUCCCAACCAGUUCAGCCCAACCGUAUUCCUUGGGCGAAGCUUCGUUCAGAACAGGAAGAAAUGGAAGCUGCAAAAUGGGCAGAUUUACCACCCAUCAAGAAAGUUUUCUAUAGAGAGCAACCAUCAGUUACAAACAUGGCUGAUGAAGAAGUGGAGAAAUUUAGAUUGGAUAAUAAUAAAAUAAUGGUAGAAAAUUAUGGAGAAUCUGUUCAAGACCGAAGUCUUCCAAACCCUGUUACAACAUUCGCAGAAGCUUAUGCUGAUUAUCCUGAAAUCAUGGAAGAAAUGAAGAAAGCAGGAUUUGUUAGACCAUCACCUAUUCAGUGCCAGUCCUGGCCAGUAAUCAUGUCAGGGAUGGACUUGAUAGGGAUUGCUCAGACAGGUACAGGAAAGACAUUGGCCUUUCUGCUCCCUGCUUUUCUUCAUAUUGAUGGACAAGAAACGCCUCGUAAUAAAAGAGGUGGUCCAACUGUCUUAGUUCUGUCACCCACUCGUGAACUUGCUUUGCAAAUUGAAGCAGAAGUCAAGAAAUUUCAUUACAGAGGAAUAAAAAGUGUCUGUGUUUAUGGAGGAGGAAGCAGAAAAGGACAGAUUCAAGUGGUCCAGAAAGGAGUAGAGAUUGUCAUAGCAACUCCUGGUCGAUUAAAUGAUCUGCUUAUGAAUGAAAUUAUGGAUGUCAGAAGUGUCACAUAUCUGGUGCUUGACGAGGCGGACCGUAUGCUUGAUAUGGGAUUUGAACCAGAGAUCAGGAAAAUAUUACUUGAUAUCAGACCGGACAGGCAGACGAUAAUGACAAGUGCAACGUGGCCUAAAAGUGUCCAGAGAAUGGCUGACCAGUACAUGAACGAUCCAGUGAGAGUGUUUGUAGGAUCACUGGAUUUGAAUGCUUGUCACAAUGUCACACAGCUAGUUGAGGUUUUGGAUCCUGCCGAAAAGAAAGAAAGGACGCUUCACUUUAUAUCGCAAAUGACUGAAAAUGACAAAGUGUUGGUUUUCGUGGGAAAGAAAAUAAAAGCCGAUGACAUUGCGAGUGACUUCAUGUUGUCUGGAAUUCAAGGAGUUCAGUGCAUACAUGGCGACAGAGAACAAAUCGAUCGCGAGCAAGCAUUGGAUGAUUUCAAGACAGGUGUGGCAAAAAUCCUUAUUGCAACAGACGUAGCUUCCAGGGGAUUGGACAUUCGUGGUGUGACGUGUGUGUUAAAUUAUGACUUCCCAAGAAACAUUGAGGACUACGUCCAUCGUAUUGGUCGCACAGGAAGGGCAGGUAAAAAGGGUACUUCGCUUACCUUUGUGACACGAGAGGAUUGGAGAAUGGCUCAUAAACUCAUCAAUAUUAUGGUGGAAGCCAAUCAGGAAGUUCCCGAUGAAUUAGCAGACAUGGCGCAACGCUAUGAAGAAUUCCGUGAACGCAGUGGUUACAACGACGACAAGGGGGAGAGAAGAGGUGGAGGACGAGGCGGUGGCGGUUGUUACAACUGUGGCGGGAGUGGCCAUUUUGCUCGAGAAUGUCCCAAGGGAGGGGGUGAGAGACGAGAAAGAGGACGAAGGGGCGGUGGGGGAGGAAGGGGAGGAAUGGGAGGGCGGGGUCGGCGAGAACAGCGUGACGAUUAUUGGGAACAGGGAUACGGAUUUUGGUAAAGGGUGUAUGCCUUAUGAGACUUACCUUCAGUUCCCCUCGUGAUGAAACGGUACGGGGUCAAAGCAAUGGUUAAAAGAUGACAGCUGCUUGUCCCAGUUCAAUGUGAUUUGGGGAUAUGCUCCCACGCUCCCCCACUGGUGAAAUGGUACGGGGUCAGUGAAAUGGCGAAAAGACGUCAGUGGUUGGUCAUAGUGUAAAAAUUAUUUUGUGGUAUGGAUUGUUGAUGAAUCUCGAGCCAAAACCUGCAUUACCCCGUUUUCAGUCCGUUAAAGAUUUUUCAUCGUUCCAUCGUUGAAUUGCGGUUUCCCACCUUAUACUCCAAAUUUAGUAGCGUUUAACAGAGUUGAAAAUUACUUUAUAUUGAGAUAAUUGUUAUUUAAAAGACGUGACUCGAGUUCGACAACUUUGGUUUCCAGCCUUGUUAUCUUCAGAAUUCAGUCUCGUUUUUUUUUCGGCACCAUUUAUACAAUUUGAAUUUGUUAUGAAAGAAAAAAAAGUGAUAACACUUUGAACUAAUUUUUCAAUAUUGCAGCGUUCGUAUUAGCGCUCGUGUUGAUGGGAGUGUUCGAUAUGAUAAAUGUAGCGCAGGCACAAAGGGUGAUAAAGGAAUAUUUUUUGGCUAUUUCUGUUGCAAAAUUCCAAGUCCAUUUACAUCACCGUACUUUGGACCAAACUGGAAUUGGAGAUUUGUGGUUAUAUGGAACGAAUAAUGGCUCAAGGAAAGACCCCAUGGCAUCUGCUAAUGUGUUAACUUUCGAUUAUGACUCUAAAAAGAUAGUUUUAAAGCGGUGCUAGCCUCCAGAGCACGCGUAAUUUUGGCGAGCGAGUGCACAGUGCGAAGAAUGCCCGCCAUUUUUUAUUUCAAUGGAAGCGGAAGGCUGGGGGGAGAAAGUAAUUUGUACCGAGCGGGUGGCUGACAGUCAAAAAUAAGGAGAGGGGCUGGGGUGGGGAGUGUAAACUUGCCCCACCCCAUGUCACCGCCGUCCACUCUGACUUUAAAUCAAACAUGGCGUUCGGAUAAACGCUCACGAGCGUCUAACCUUAACUCGCUCCAAUAAGACGCGUGCACUGUAGGCUAAAGCGGCGCAAAAGUAUGUUAUUUGUUGGAUAUCGUGAUCAGUGACAUUUUGAAUUUGAUAAAGAGACAAUGUCGUUAACUAUUGGAUGAACAGCUGUUUGACAAAAAUUCAGUUUGACCCGUUCGACCACGGAGAAAACUUAUUGUUGAGGCAAUUUUUUUUUUUUUUUAAGUAAGUUAGGUUGCUGCUUAUUGAUUUAACAAUCUCCCGAGCAGGGCUUGAUUCUGCGACUGUUUUUCCACGCCGUACAGUCAAGUGCUCUAGUUGGCCUGUGAUGGUUAUUGUUAUUUUAGACAGGUUCAAUUUAGUGAGAAUCAGUCUCGAGGGGGAUCUAGUUUUAAUGUUACUCGGGAUUACAAGAUGAUUAAGUACGAUUUAUGAGGGUUUGUUAUAUUAUCUAAGGAGAGAGACGAAGACUUAGUUUUUUUAUAAAAGGAUAUUUGAAAUUGACAAAUGUGUAUUUAUUUACGGUCAAGGCAAAAGCAUUACUUAAGUGUCCGUUUGAUUGGUCUCAACAAGCAUAACAUCAAAACAAAGAAAUUGUUUUGGGACUGGUAAUUUAAAGUUUUGUUGUUGUUUAGGAAACGCGCAUUUCAAGCCGUCUUAAAUUUAAUGUUACGGUUUACCUCAAUGUUGAUUUUUUUUUUUUUUCGUGUAUGUGUGAAGUCAAACUGACCUUGCAGUUUACCGUGGAAAUUAGUAAUUUUAUCGCAAACAAUCCAUCUACAAAGAAACUUGAAGUCCAAUGAUGGUCCAAAAACCGUGGUUCAAGUGAGAGGUUGGAAUACAGCGAGCCAUGAAGCUAGAGACCACCGUGUUUCUCUGUUGGUGAAGAUCAAAGCUAAAAAAAUUACGA